UCUAAAUCAUGCAAUUAAUUCACACAAUAUAACGAUAUCUACUGAUGACCUCUGGUCUCAGAAGUUAACACAACACCUAAUAAUACUAAUGUUGCCGCCAACACCAUUCAAGGAAAUAAUAUCCCAAACACACAAAACAACAAAAUCCCUUUCCUAUUUUACUCCAAAAACUCCACUGUCACAAAACUGAGAUCUCUCACUCACACUCUGCAAUCUCUGACUCCAAAAUCACGCCCUUUUCCCAAUGAAAUGAAACCUUCUUCCAAAUACAACCCUAUAUUCUUCCACCACAAUGACCAAACUACCCCUCCCCAACACCCAAAUUCCACUCAACUCCCUUCUUCCAAAUCCCAAUCUCAAUCCAACGCCGCCCUCACCAUCCAAUCAACCUACCGAUCCCACCGCAUCCGCACUCUCUACCGCCAAAUCUCCACCGUCGAUUCCGAAGCCGAUCACCUCCAAAACCUAAUCCAGCUCCAAGACACAGUAGACUCUAUUCGCAACAACCACAUAGAAAAACUCAAAAUGAACGAAUCACUCAUGAAACUACUUCUGAAACUCGAUUCGGUUCCAGGAAUCGAUCCAACGGUGAGAGAAGCCAGAAGGAAAGUCACCCGUCGGAUCGUUGGUUUGCAAGAGAUACUUGAUUCUGUUUCGGAAGCUAAAGUUGAUGAAUGUAAUUGGUGGUCGUUGAAUAACUGGGAUCAUGUUAUUGAAGAAAUGGAAGAAAGUGUUUGUAGAGAGAAUGGUGGUGAUGAUGAUAUGGAAAAGUUUUGUGCUCAGAAUCUUGGAUUUCGUUGCUUACAAAGGUUUCUUCGUGAACCUUGAUUCACUCUUUAUUAGUAUAUAAAUGUUGUAUACAUAGUGUUUGAUAAAAGGUCUACGACUGCGAUCUGGAUCGCGAUAUCAUAGUUUUUGAUGUUUAUACAAAUGUAAUACAUAUAUAAUUGAGUCCAAAUGGUUAGUUGCGAUUCUAUGCAAUCUAUGGAAACACAAUACUAUCUGAUCUGAUAAAUUUGGUAUUAUAAGUUGCAUCCAACUUAUAUUCAUGUCUUGUAGGACGAUAUUUGCCGGUGUGCACUCUCAGUUAGCUGUUUCUGGAACCUGUAGAUCAUCAGUUUUUUUAACACGGCAUGAAUCCUAGUUUCCUGCAUGCAAAACCAAUUAGUUAGUUAAUCAAAAAAUUUCAGCAUAUGCAAGUAAAGAAAUAAUGUAAAAGAAAAUAUACCUCAAAAUCCAAGUUCCAGUGAUCUGAACUUGUUUGGAUUGUUGAACUCUGGAACUCCCCACAAUGUUACAACCUCAACUAUCAAUCUACAAUUCCUCGGAACAUCAUUGAUAGCUGAAAUCAUAUCAACGUUGUGGGGAGUUCUUGAGUUCAACACACCAAACAAGUUCAGAUCACUAGAACUUGUGUUGAUGGAUUAUGAGGUAUAUUUAAUACUCCCUCCGGCCUUAAUUAUAAUCAAAUGUCACUUAGACUAGAUACAUUAGUUAUUCAAUGUAUCUAAAAAGUGACAUUUGCUUAUAAUUAAGGUCGGAGGAAGUACACUUUUUUACAUUUUUUUUACUUACAUGCUGACAUUUUGAUUAAUUAACUAAUUUUAAUUGUUUUAGCAUGCAAGGAACUAGGAUUCAUGUCGGUGUUAAAAAACAUUGAUCUACAGGUUCUAGAAACAACUAAUUGAAAGUGUGGUUGAUACCCUUACCGCGUUUGAUGUGGUCAGAAGCACCCGCAAAUAUCGUCCUGUAAGAGAUGAAUAUAAGUUGGAUGCAACUUAUAAUACCAAAUUUAUCAGAUCUGAUGGUAUUGUGUUUCCAGAGAUUGCCUGCCGCGAUAUAAUAGCUUUCGAUUCCCAGGCCGCAUAGUAUAGUUUUUGAAAAUAUAUGAUGCUUAGUAUAGUACGUUAUGUGUUGUAUAAUAUUAAUUGUACUACCUAGUUACCUACUAGUACCUUAGAAGCUUUAAUUGUACUUUAGCUAGCUAUAGCAUAUCUACAAGGCAUUGAGAAUGA